AUGGGCAAUUAUAACAUCGUCGUCUUUGCGGGGGACUGCUGCGGCCCAGAGGUCACUGCAGAGGGCAUAAAGGUCUUGAAAGUUGUUGAAAAGAAAAGACCGGAGAUACGGUUUACCUUCCAGGACCAUUUACUAGGCGGAGCUUCGAUUGAUGCGGCUGGAACGGCUCUUACGGACGAAGCCCUCUCCGCCGCCAAGAAUGCAGAUGCCGUGCUUCUCGGAGCGGUUGGAGGUCCCAAAUGGGGUACGGGGGCGGUUCGUCCUGAGCAAGGAAUCCUCCGCCUGCGUAAAGAGAUGGGGACGUUUGGGAACCUGCGGCCCUGCAACUUUGCUGCUCCGUCGCUGGUCGACAUCUCCCCUCUCAAGGCCGAGGUAUGCCGUGACGUGGACUUCAACAUCAUCCGCGAGCUGACGGGAGGCAUCUACUUUGGCGAACGACGGGAGGACAACGGUGACGGGACCGCCUGUGACACAGAGCCGUACUCGCGGACGGAGAUAGAGCGGGUCGUUCGCCUGGCCGCGCAUCUUGCUCUCCAGCAUAGCCCGCCCUUGCCCGUGUGGAGUUUGGACAAGGCCAAUGUGUUGGCCACGAGCCGUUUGUGGAGGAAGGUUGUGACCGAGGUCAUGGACAGGGAGUUCCCGCAGAUUACAUAUGGACACCACCUGAUUGACAGCGCGGCUAUGUUGAUGGUGAAGAACCCUCGUGCCCUCAACGGGAUAGUGGUCACCAGCAACCUGUUUGGCGACAUCAUCAGCGACGAGGCUAGCGUGAUUCCUGGUUCCCUAGGCUUAUUACCCAGUGCCAGCCUGAACGGCAUCCCAGACGGCAAGACCAAGGUCAACGGCAUAUACGAGCCUAUUCACGGCUCCGCACCAGACAUCGCUGGGAAGGGUAUUGUGAACCCCGUUGCUAUGAUCCUGUCCGUGGCAAUGAUGCUGCAGUUCUCUCUCAACCGUCCGGAGGAGGCCAGGGUAAUUGAAACCGCGGUGCGGAACGUAAUCGAGAGCGGAGUCAAGACCGGUGACAUCGGCGGCAAGGCCACGACGAAAGAGGUUGGGGAUGCCGUUGCUGCAGAGGUUGAGAAGCUGCUCUCGUGA